AUGGAGCACACACCUACAACCUUGGGGACCGUGCAACACAAUCCUGCUAGUGGAUCCAAUAACAACCUGCCAGCAAACCCCACGUCAACUCAAUCACAUAAUACAUCUCCAUCCACGGACACAACACCGAAUAAUAACGAUAAUGUACCAGCGCAAUCCAAUGGCAAUGAGGAAGGCAGCGACGCUGACAACAAGGAAUCUACAUCACAACAUACACUAAAACGAAGAAAUAGGAUACCAGCAUCCUGUUCCAUGUGCAGGAAAAGAAAGUCCAAGUGUGAUAGAGUACGGCCUGUGUGUGGCACAUGUAUUAGAAAAGGUAUAGCCCAUCUUUGCCAAUACGAAGUCAACUCCAGUCAUAGAUACAUCUAUCAAAAUUCUCAUCCAUAUCAAGGGCAAGGAUACAUGCAAGGCCAAUCAGACUCCUAUAAUAACCUUAAUGGACCACAGCCGUUUCCAGUGCAAGUACAACCACAGCUCCCAGGACCACUACCACCUCAUUUUGCUCAUCAUACGCCACAACAUUAUGUACCGCCUUCACCAAACUCAUCUGACCCGGCAAAUUAUGUGCCACACAAUAACCCACAACAGUUUCCUGGAGGAGGUCCCCCACCUCCGCCACCACCACCACCUCACUUGUAUCACAGCCCACCAUUCAAUGGUCCACCAUUAUCUCAACCUUCGCCCGAUUACAUGUCUCCAUCAGCUGCAAACAGGUACUCGCCGUCAAAUGGUCCACCUGGGCUGUCAUUGUCUUAUGGGGCAUUUCAGCAUCCACCCUCUAAUAAUGGUGCAGAAAAAGUCCUGCCCCGACAGUUGCCUAUACCAGCACCAUCGUCACAUCACAGAACUUCGCAAGACAAUGGCAAACCAUAUUUGCCUAGUCCAACAGCAAUCUCAAACUCCAUGUUUAGGGGUGGUCCUCAUCACUUGCAAUCAGGAUCAAUUAGCUCCAUCCCGUUACCACCACCGCCUUCAGCGCCUAUACCAGGUAGUGCAGCUGCUUCUUCAUUAGGAUCCGAAGGUCAGCCACAAUUACCUCCGCCAUCAGCGAGCCUGGUAACGCCAAAAAACGCAUCUACGUCGCCAUUGGCCAACUUUCCUACUUCCCAGCACCCAUCGCCUAAUGAACAGAAUGGUGUUAACCAAACCGUGACCCCAUCUGCAAGAAUACGAUCGAUGCCUUCGGAGAAUGUGCCUUCGCCUUUGACAAGUAUGCAUAAGCCAAGCGCAACAGCUACAACCCCUGGAUCGUACACUAGUGAACAAAAACCCAUCUCGAUGCAAAAUUCCCCUGGAGCCAAGGACUCUUUCUCAUCGAAUAACUUGGUAUCGAUCCCACUUGGACCCAAUUCAUCAUUGCAAGUUAGUACGGAGGAUAGAAUGAAUGUCUUUUCCAACUCAAGCUAUUCGAUUGCUUUGGAGAACCAUAUAGUCCAAGAACAUGGGGUGCUUUCGUACCUAGGUUUGACUAAAAGCGAUCCAUUCAUUACGAUAUUGAGGAAUUUUACGGUUCAUUUGUUUAGAGCAGGGGAAAUGACCAAAUUUAUUCGAACAGAUGCCAACAAAAAACGCAGAAACUCAACGGGUUCGGCAUCGAAAUUAUCAUCCAAGCAUAGUGAUGGUCUCCCAUCGUUUCAAAAGAAGCCAAAGCUAAGUAUGACACCCGCCGAACAAGAUAACGCUGCAGAAGCAGCACCAAUGGUUCCAACGGACUCAAGUCAGUCGAAUAAUGACGUUGACAUAAACAACCUUUCAAAAGCUGCAAUCAAGCAUGCACGCGAACAAUCUUUAAAUGCAUUGAAUGUUGCCUCACCUCUCGAUAAAUAUUCUCCAAAUGUUCCAGAGAAUAAACGAGACGAGCGUAAGAUUCCCAAAAUAACACCAUCGGUUGAAUCAUUCUUCACUGGUCUGAAUAAAAAAGAGUACUAUGCAUUGGUGGAAAAAGUUAUUCUUGCAACGUUACCUGAUCAGGUUAAUCUGUUUAAAUUGUUUUGUCGAUUUUUCAAGUAUGUUCACCCAUUUAUUCCUAUCAUUGAUGAAACGUCAUUUAUCGUGGAGGUCAAGAAUUUGUUAAUCACUUUCCCAUCGUUUGGGCAUGAGCGAUGGACCUCAGUCAAGAUUCGCAACGAUCAAGACUUGCGUACUUUGGGAUUGUUUUUGCUCAUUUUGUCCUUGGGAUUCAAGAGUUUGAUUCAAAAUGACAAUGUGUACAAUGAAUAUACCGAUGAAGAGGUAUCCAUGAUUCAAGACAUGACGCAAAUCUCUUCGGAUGAGUUCAAAAGAGUCAUAAAUCUAUGCAUUAGUGAUAGCUUGCUCGGUGCCAAGUCAUCGUUCAAAUUAGUUCAAUUAUUGACUCUUUUGUAUUUCUAUAAAGAGGUAUCGGCUGAUGAUGGUCAUGGUAUAUGUGGUUCAGACUCACAGAUCUUACUAGGUGUUACUAUCCGGCAUGCGCUUGCCAUUGGAUUAAAUCGUGAUCCAACGUCUUAUACCGCAUAUGAAGCAAUUUGCAAGAAUCCUUCGCUUAUCAAAACUUGGAGGCAUUUAUGGAACUAUUUAACGCAAGCUGAUGCAAUGAGCAGUCUCCACAAUGGUACCAAUUUGAAUUUGAGGAAUUUGAAAAUGAGCGACGUACAAGCACCUUAUGAACUGAAGGAUAAAACAGGCGAAUUAAAUGAAACGAUUAAACGAUACAAUUCGAUCUGUGACUGCUAUCGUCAAUUGUGUAAUAAAAUCAACAAUGUUUGGGAAAAGCCAAAAGUUAUGGAUAUUUUGGCUGAUACCAAUCAUUUGGAAAAGAUAUUUUUUGAUUUUUUUGGAAAGGACUUCUUUCUGACUAUUAUAUGCAAACCAGCAAAAGUAAAUCCUGAUGCGAGUUCAUGGGAUGCAAGCACGUUGGAACAUGAAGAACAGAUCAUCAAGGUGAUGAAAUACUGCAUGUUCAUUCAAUUGAGGACGAACUUGUCAGGUAUGUAUUAUAUGAUUGCCAUUCAUUAUGAAAAUGAGUAUAACGAGUCCAAGACUCCAUCCAUGAAUGCUGGUAUUGAGUUAUUCAAAAUAUACAUCAAGAGCGUGGUGCAAAUCGUAUACAUUAUGACUCAUGUAUUGGAUAACUCGGUUGAAUUAUUUGGCAAAAAUUUCGACUACAUUCUUACAGCGGCUAAUGAACGGUACAUGAUUCGAACUCAUUCCUUCUUGACUUCAUUCUUUAUCCGUUUGCUCCAUCAAAAGAAGGAUCUAUCAUUCAAGGUGUUUAAAGAACCAAGUUAUAUUCCUCGACUUGAAGUUAUUGAUACUUUAUUCACAAUGGUUUUAAUCGAGGCUGAAUUAUUUGUGGGAAAUUUCCGUAAAAUGUCUCGAACUUAUAUCAACAGUUAUCGAUUAUACAUCAUGACAUAUAUCAUCAUGCGUCAAUGUGUUGAAAAUCCCGAUGUGUUUUUCGAAAAGGCGAUUCAUGACCAACUGUUUUUCCAUCAGGGAACAAAUAUGAUUGAAUUUUUCACGCUUGCUGAAUUGCAUCACUUAUGUCGAUUAUGUGGUGAAUUCCGCAAUGCUACUGAAGAGAAAAAGAGAUUGAAGCGGGAGAAACUAAAAGCAAAGGGAAUCAUUGUUGAAAAUGACGCAGAUGUUGAUAAUUUCAACUUUGACAGUUUACAAUCAUCCGGUGCUCUUGAUGAUUUCGCCAUUUUCAAUGAUGGCAAUGGCACUACAUUUAUGUCAUUUUUCGAUGACGAUCAAGUAUUUGAUAAUUUGAAUAAUUUGCCUGAUGAUAUAUUGGAUCCUGUUGCUCGUAAUGAAGAUUUGAUUCGGUUGUAUAACAUUUAUGGUGAUUUUGAUGAGGAUUUGGUUAGAAUGGCAUCAUCUUGA